GGAACGGGCACCAAGCGGGCUUUAGUCAACGACAUUUUCAACAUAUCAGUUGGAUACAUUCAGCAAUGGACAAAGUACUCUCAGGUUUGCGUACGAAACGCAGUGUCCCAUCAGAAUGGAUAACUGUCGUAUAUCGAAGGCGUAAACGAAAAGCUAAGGGGGAUGAAGACCAUGUUCCUUUGAUUGUUGAACUUGCAGAAUUAUGUAUAUCAACAAAUACGGUGAAACAUUAUACAAGUGCAUUUCAUCUAGUGAAGAAACUAUGCCCACAGCUUAUCAUUAGAAGAGGAUUUCCAUUUAAGCUGACUUUAACUCUCAACCGAUCAUAUGAUCCCGAAAAAGAUGUUCUUUGCUUGGUAUUCACUUUAAAAGAUGCAGCUUCUCCUUCAUAUUCGCAGAAAACGGAAAUAUUUCUACCUGUUCUAUCAUGUGAAGAAGGAGAGAAAUUGCUUUCAGAAUGGAAAGUACGGAUUCUGGAAACAAGUGAAAAAGAAUUAACAUUAGAGGUAACACCAGCACCAAAUGCUAUAAUUGGAGAAUGGAUUCUUGAAAUUGAUUCAAGAUCAAAAGAUAACAAAAAUGCUGCAGAUUUCCGCUACAAAUCAAAGAAUCCUAUUAUUAUUUUAUUCAAUCCAUGGUGCGAAAGUGAUUCAGUUUAUAUGCCAGAUGAAGAUAAAAGAUCCGAAUAUGUUUUAGCUGACAGUGGUCUUGUAUGGCGAGGCAGCCAUAACUGUCUUAGGCCCUGUGUUUGGAAUUUCGGACAGUUUGAGGAAAAUAUUCUAGAAUGUUGCUUGUAUCUUCUAACACAUGUAGGACGUUUGGGUGUUGUGGCCCGAUCGGACCCAAUUCGUGUGGUUCGUCACAUUUCUGCAGUGCUCAACUGUCGCGAUGACAAUGGAGUAAUUGUUGGCAAUUGGUCCGGAAAAUACAAAGGGGGAAAACCACCAACCUGCUGGGGUGGAAGCCAAAUGAUUCUUCAGAAAUACUACAAAAAUAAGAAACCUAUCAAGUAUGGCCAGUGUUGGGUCUUUUCUGGUGUUUUUACGACAGUAUGCAGAUCCCUUGGAAUCCCAUCUAGGCCAGUGACAAAUUUUUCAUCCGCGCAUGAUACUCAUAACAGUCUCACCAUUGACCGAUUUUUUGAUUGCCAUGGAAAACCUUUGGAGAAAAUGAAUAUUGAUUCUGUAUGGAACUUCCAUGUUUGGAAUGAAGCUUGGAUGCAACGUCCAGACCUAGAGCCUGGUAACUAUGGUGGCUGGCAAGCAGUUGACUCUACUCCUCAGGAGGAAUCUGACGGACUGUUUCGCUGUGGUCCAGCUAGUGUAGCUGCAAUUAAAAGAGGUGAAGUAAAAAAAGCAUUUGAUACAACAUUUCUUUUUGCUGAAGUUAAUGCUGAUAAAGUAUAUUGGAGGUACCAUGGGCCAAACCAACCAUUGAAACUUAUCAAAAAGUCUACUGAAGAGAUUGGCCAAUGUAUAAGCACUAAAGCAGUCGGAAAGUUUGAAAGAGAAGAUAUAACUCACGAAUAUAAACAUUUAGAAUGCUCAAAAGAAGAACGUGAAGUAAUGCUGAGAGCAUUAAGACAGUGUAAAGAUGCAUUUUCAAGAUAUUAUCUGAAUGAUGAUUUGGAAGAUGUUAAAUUCGAAUUUACGCUUUUAGAUGAUAUUGUAAUUGGAGAAUCAUUUACUGUUAAAUUGAAAGCAAUAAACAAACGAGAAGAAGGAGAAGAAUAUACAGUGAAUGUAUCUCUUCAUGUACAUUCUGCACUUUACACUGGCCAGCCUAAAAAACUUAUUAAAAGGGAUGAAUUUGAAAUUCAGUUAGGACCUGGUGUUG